AUGGUGUUCAACGCAGCGGAGCUAAUCGGAACCAUCGGAAAAAUUAACGCCACCACACCGUUCUCGUGCAAGGGAUAUUGGCGGCUCAAUUACCAUCUCAACGGGAAUGUGAAACCUCCGUUUCAGAGAGCGGCCUCUCACAUCGCCGAAGCUCUCCUCUCACUCAUCCACGACGCAUCGCCACUGCUAGUAACGCCGGGGAAUCUCAUUCUUAGAAGCGCCGCUUACAGAUUCUUCGAGGCGCCGCCGAGGACAACGGCAAAUGAAACUUCGGAAGCCAAAACGAUUUUACUUCGUCUGUGUAUUUUUUUUUAA